UGUUGCUGUCCAGCAAGCCGGAGGUAAGCGGCGGCUGUGUUUACAAACCCCGAGGAGCAGACCCGCGGCAACCAUGUCCGAGGAAGCCAAGAAGGAGGAGAAGCCAUCAGAACACAUCAACUUAAAAGUGGUGGGUCAAGAUGGCCAAAUUGUGCAUUUUAAGAUUAAAAAACAUACAUCACUUAAGAAGCUCAUCAAUGCAUACUGUGAAAGAUCGAAACUCGUUCAAACCACAGUAAGGUUUAGAUUUGAUGGCCAACCCAUAUCUGAAAAUGAUACUCCACAAGGUUUAGAAAUGGAAGAUGGUGACACCAUUGAGGUCUACCAGCAACAGACUGGGGGGAGCUGCCAUCAUCACCUCCAACCCUUGUGACCCUCCUGUAUUUUCAAGUCCUCUUGAUUAAGCUGUUUACCCUUCAGCCUCUACUAACUGUGUCCUAUGGAAAAAAAAGUAUCUUCUGAUAUUUUUAUGAAAAUGAUGAUGCUCAAGUAAGAUGUUUUAUUGUCUGUUGUAUAUCUACUUGUUCUGAGAAGGUGUUUAAAAAAUGCAACUUUUCUUUGUUUCCAAAACAAGGCAUAUACUAUUGAAUGCAUUGUUCUUUUCCACAUGUAUCAUUAUUGUUAACUGUCAUUAAUCUAGACUCCAUCAUUUAUGAGUUUUGCUCAGUCUGGACCAUCAGAGGAGUCUAGUAUACAUCCUUUAGUUUGAAUCUGGUCCACUAGAGCAGAAAAUGUUUUUGUUAUGGCUUUCAUAAAAGAUGUCAAAUAUUCUUUUUCACCAGUAUUUAGUUUCACUAGAGUGCAAGUGGCCACUGUAUAUACUGUUUUUUGGUAAAAGCAAACAAACAAGAGAUAUGGUCAUUUUUCUCUUCAGUCUCCUGCUUUACUCAAAAGUUAAGCUAUCUGAUAUUAUUUAAUAUCAUAAAAGUCUCUUGCUCCUUUAUCUCAUUUUUUCUCAUUUAUUGUAAUUACCAGAGUAGGUCCAAGCCAAAAGUGAACAUCCAUCUUCAACUGUGGUCAGACAUCACCUAAAGUGUUAUGCAAUAUAAUUUGUAUUGCAGAAAUCCAACAUCUUCAGUAUUAUUUAAGUUGGAUUUGAGACAUUGUUGCAAGCAUGCACUGAAUUAUGUUAUGGAGUAUGAAUUGAUACUUUACCAUAAAACUAGCAAUGCUUGGUAUGUCACAUGGAAGAGAGAGAGAGAGAGAGAGAGAGAGAGAGAGAGAGAGAUGCUAUUUUCUCCGAAUUACCAGAAUAUAGAAAUUGAUAUCUUUGGUAAAUAGUGUUUCGUAAACUUGAUCCUUAAUCACACUUUCCACUCUUCUAAAGCAGUUUAUAUUUUUCUCUGUACCUCCACCUUCACCUAGGCCCUACUAUUUGGUUAAUGUGGAAAUUUGAUUAUAGUGUAAUGUUUGUUUUCCUUUGGUUCAAUUUAUUUUUUUCUUAAUUUCUUUCUUUUUAUGGAUCACAAUUUGAGAAGGCUUAGACCAUUACAUUUUGGAAUGUAAGUAAAUCUUAAAUGGAAGUAUCCUAAGUUGUUGGUUGUAGUUGUGUUUGGUGGAGGCUUUUGACCAGCCUGUUGUAGACCCAGUGAUCAUGACCAUUGUUGGUUUCCAUGGCACCACUCUGCACCUGAACCAUUUAUGCACCUGGCCCAAGGUACUUUAACAAUACUUAUAGAUUUUAGAUUUUGAUGGUGUCUUGUAGAAAUUAAGUAUGGUUUCAUUUUCAGCAACUCUUUAUUUUCUAAAUUCAGUAAUGUAUGUAUCCUUUAAAUUAUAACCUUCAUAUAUUUGAAGAAUAAGAAGAUUAAAUGUUAGAUGGCCAUACAUUACAAGCCUAAUUACAAUGAAAGUUAUUUUUUCAGCAGAAGUUGAAUAUUUUGUACUUGAUUUUAUACUUGAUGCUGUGAGGAAUGAAUGAAUUGAGACUUUAGUGUCUCAUAAACAGGAGAGAUUCUUUUCAUAAACCCUUCAGGUGUUGUAAAAUAUUAGGAUGUUGAUAGCUACAGUAAUUAUUGAAUGUAGACCAAAAUGGUUGCUAAGUGCAUAUAUUACAAAUUAAAGAUAAGAAUGA